UCGCGGCUCCGGCAGGGACUCCCGGCCUGGACCGCGAGGGCCCUGAUCUCCACCCCCGCCCCCCCGACACGCACACGCACGCACACGCACGCACACAUACACACACAGCCUCCCCCAUAGCAACUGGUAGCAGCGCGUGUCGGCGCACAGCUGAGGGCUGAGCGCUGGGAGGAUGAGCAGGCGGCUCUGAGGCUACACACAGCAGAGGCAGCACGAGCAGCGAUGCCGUUCGGGGGGUUGGCGGGGCUCAAGGAGCAGGUGCUGAAGCCGGGGAAGGAGGAGGUGAAGAAUGCCAUGGGGAGCUCACUGGGACACCUGCAAAGGAAGGUGGACGGCACCCACGCGGAGGAGCCGGAGAAGCUGGAGCUGACGGAGGACGGGAGGCCCGUGGCGGCCGCGAAGGCGACCCCGCUCUGCGACUGCGGCUGCUGCGGACUGCCCAAGCGCUACAUCAUCGCCGUCCUCAGCGGCCUUGGCUUUUGCAUCUCCUUCGGCAUCCGCUGCAACCUGGGGGUGGCCAUCGUCGAAAUGGUUAACAACAACACGGUCUACGUCAACGGCACGGCCGUCGUUCAGCCAGCGCAGUUUAACUGGGACCCUGAGACUGUGGGGCUGAUUCAUGGCUCUUUUUUCUGGGGCUACAUCGUCACGCAGAUUCCCGGGGGCUUCAUCUCCAACAAGCUGGCUGCAAACAGGGUAUUUGGAGCAGCUAUUCUCCUGACAUCCCUGCUUAACAUGUUCAUCCCGUCGGCGGCGAGAGUCCACUACGGCUGUGUCAUGUUCGUCCGAAUCCUGCAGGGCUUAGUGGAGGGAGUGACAUACCCGGCGUGCCAUGGGAUGUGGAGCAAAUGGGCGCCGCCGUUGGAGAGAAGCCGGCUAGCAACAACAUCCUUUUGCGGGUCCUAUGCAGGUGCGGUGAUCGCAAUGCCCCUCGCUGGCGUGCUGGUGCAGUAUGUGGGUUGGCCUUCGGUCUUCUACAUCUAUGGUGUGUUCGGGAUGAUCUGGUACACCUUCUGGUUUCUGCUCGCUUACUCGAGUCCCGCCGAGCACCCGACUAUCAGCCAGGAGGAGAAGACCUAUAUAGAGAGCAGCAUUGGUGAGGGAGCCAACCUUCUCUGCGCCACUGAGAAAUUCAAGACGCCGUGGCGACACUUCUUCACCUCCAUGCCCGUCUACGCCAUCAUCGUGGCCAACUUCUGCCGAAGCUGGACCUUCUACUUGCUUCUCAUCAGCCAGCCGGCCUACUUCGAGGAAGUGUUUGGCUUCCCCAUCAGUAAGGUGGGUAUCCUGUCAGCUGUGCCCCACAUGGUGAUGACAAUCGUUGUGCCCAUCGGGGGACAGUUGGCAGAUUUCCUGAGGAGUCGCAAAAUUCUCUCCACCACAACCGUGCGCAAAAUCAUGAACUGUGGUGGGUUUGGGAUGGAGGCCACGCUGCUGCUGGUGGUGGGCUUCUCCCACACGCGGGGUGUCGCCAUCUCUUUCCUCAUCCUGGCCGUGGGCUUCAGCGGCUUCGCCAUCUCAGGGUUCAACGUCAACCACUUGGACAUCGCCCCCCGCUAUGCCAGUAUCCUCAUGGGCAUUUCCAACGGGGUGGGCACCUUGUCUGGCAUGGUAUGCCCUCUCAUAGUGGGAGCCCUGACCAAACACAAGACUCGGCUGGAGUGGCAAAACGUGUUCGUGAUCGCUGCCGUCGUUCACUACACCGGCGUGGUUUUCUACGCCAUCUUCGCUUCCGGAGAGAAGCAGGACUGGGCGGACCCGGAGGGCACGAGCGAGGACAAGCGCGGUUUCGUGGCGGACGACGAACUGGCCCAGGAGACGGAACCGAACAGCGAGACCGGCUUGGCCGCCACGAAGAAGAUGUCGUACGGAGCCACCACCGAGAGCUGGUCGCGCGCGCACGACCGGACGAACGAGGACGACGGGCUCUCCGGCUCUUACCACCGUGACAACGGGACCUUUCCGGACCCGGGCCAGUAACUGCCCGGCUGCCUGGGACGUGUGAGUGUGCGCGAGCGACGCGGCUGAAGGACACCGUCCUACGAUGACCGUCACGGUCCUUGCAGACAGGAGCUCCGUUUCCCUUUCACGUCCGCCGGCACGGGUUCGAAAAGCUGAAAAUGACCAAAACUUUGUCAGCACCGCUAUCUUCCUCGCCCUUUACUUUAUGCAUUAGGACCGUCGUCUUCCUCGUCCGUUCUUUCAUUGCGCUCUUAUUCUAAUAAGGGAGUCUUACCGCGGUCUGCCGACGGGCCCUGUCGCGGAGGAAGGAACGGCAAACGCUUGUUGUCGGUCCGGUUCUCGUGGGAAAUGUAUGCGGAAGGGUUAUCGUAGAAAAGACCGAGGAGCUCGGCGAGGAUACAACUACCAAUAGCAAGCGACGGCCGAACUGGCGCGUUAUUUAUUACGGGAAUAGUCAUUUAGCGCUUUAUGUCCAAUUUAUGCCCCGUGAUUAAGGGUUUGUCUCUGUUAACCAUAAUGGUUACUUCUUUACUAAAGAGGGAUUGCUGACGCACUGAUUCGUGCCCCUUUAACGAGCAACACUUUGUACAGUAAGCGAAUUCUGUCUUCUGUAACAUAUUGUCUCAAUGUUUACCUGCUUUACUGUGUUUGUCGACAGUUAGAGCACAGAUUCUCUCUCCGGUCACCUGUGGAGAAGCUUUCGGAUUAGUUCUAGAUCCCCCAGCUUACAGCAGGAGCUCCGCUCAUCCCUCGGUCUAUAAGAGGAGAUCUGCUCAUCACUCCCUCUAUAAGAGGCGCUCCGCUCUGCUCAUCCCUCGGUCUAUAAGAGGAGCUCUGCUCAUCCCUCAGUCUAUAAGAGGAACUCUGCUCAUCACUCAGUCUAUAAGAGAAGCUCCGCUCAUCCCUCGGUCUAUAAGAGGAGGUCCGCUCAUCCCUCACUCUAUAAGAGGAGCUCUGCUUAUCCCUCAUUCUAUAAGAGAAGCUCCGCUCAUCACUCAGUCUAUAAGAGGAGCUCUGCUCAUCACUCAGUCUAUAACCGGAGCUCCACUCAUCCCUCAGUCUAUAAGAGGAGCUCCACUUUGCUCAUCCCUCGGUCUAUAACAGGAGCUCCACUCAUCACUCAGUCUAUAGGAGGAGCUCUGCUCAUCCCUCAGUCUAUAAGAGGAGCUCCGCUCAUCACUCAGUCUAUAGGAGGAGCUCCGCUCAUCCCUCAGUCUAUAAGAGGAGCUCCGCUCUGCUCAUCCCUCAGUCUAUAGCAGGAGCUCUGCUCAUCCCUCAGUCUAUAGCAGGAGCUCCGCUCAUCCCUCGGUCUAUAAGAGGAGCUCUGCUCAUCACUCCGUCUAUAAGAGGAGAUCUGCUCAUCCCUCAGUCUAUAAGAGGCGCUCUGCUCUGCUCAUCCCUCGGUCUAUAACAGGAGCU